GGAGCAUUCAUGGGGACCAGUUUUGAGCAGUGUGGAGCUACUAAAAACAGGUGGAUUUCUUCUAAAACUAAUGGUGAACCCUCAAAUAGUCCCAGUGCAAAAUCAUACAGUCACAUCUAAAACAAGAAACAAUUUAAAGGUCAGCAGCAUUGAAUCUUGUACUGGGGGCAUGGUGUGCUUCUAGCAACUGGUCAAAAUGCCUGGCAAGAAAGAUACCAAAAAGGACACCAAGAAAGGUGGAAAACCUGAACCAGAGAAAAAGAAAGAGGAUGACAAGAAAGCAAAAGAUGAAAAAAAGGGAGGAAAAGACGACAAAAAGGGAGGAAAGGAUGACAAAAAGGGUGGAAAGGAUGAUAAGAAAGGGGUUAAGAAGGGAAAAGAGGAGCCAUCCAAAGGAAAAGAUGAUGGGAAAAAAGGAAAAGACAAAAGGAAGGGGAAAAAAGUGGAGUCUGAAGAGGAAGAGGAGGAGCUACUGAGUGAUGAAGAAGCAGAGGAAGAGUUCAGUGAAGAAGAAGAUUAUGAGGAUUCAGAGGAUGACAAAAAGAGAAAAGGGCGAGGGGGUAAAGACAAGAAAGGUGGGAAAUCUAGACGUGGUGAUGACUCUGAAGAAGAUGAUGAAGACUAUGAUGACGAAGAAGAGGAGGACGAUGAAGGUGAAGCGGGUCACAGUAAAUCUAAAAAGAAAUCUAAAGAUGAUCGUCAUCAUAAAGGGGGAAAAUCUGAUGUGGGUGCGAAGAAGAAAAAAGGCAAAAUGAAGGAAGAAUUACACGCUCCAGUUAAAGUCCCAAAGAAAGGUCUGAAGAACAUGUCAAAAAUGUUCAUGAAGUUUUCUGGAAUCAAACGGCGCAAGAACAGUGUGAAGAAACUGAAAAGCACAUCACGUUUAUUCCUUGGUUUGGGAAGGAGGAAGAGCCGGCUUGCUAAGAAAAAACGCCGCAAGUCUAUAAUGAAGAACACCUCUCGGUUCAUGAUGAAAUUUAAAUCCAGCCAAAAGAAAAAAAAGGAGAAAGAGGCCAAAGAGAAGGCAGCAGCCAAUGGAGGGAAAAAACCAACGUACAUGUUACUUCGUCUUGGGGGUGGAAACUCAAAUAAGAGGAAAGGGGGUUUCUUUAGAGGUCUAUUUAAAAAGCAAGAUGGCACCAGUGAUGAUUUCAAGAACAGUAGUGUGUUACUGGGUAAGGUUGCUGCGGCGACUAAUUGGCUUACCAAACGGUUUCUGUCGAAAAAAAUGCAAGAAAAUUCCACGCAUCAUGGCUUAAGCGGUCGUAGAGGAAAUCCACAACAUUCCAGCUCCAGACGGUUUCUGCACGGUUACCACAACAAUGGUUAUGAGUUUGAGGAGGAAGAUGAUGGAUAUGGCCAACACCAUGUAGUUGCCCAGAGAGAUUACAGGUAUGAUGAUGGCUAUGGUGAUUAUGGGGUUGAGUCAGAACCAGGGUAUGGAAGACAGGGUCAGUAUGGCUUCUAUGAUAAUGAGAUGGGAGGCGCAGACUAUCAAGACCUAGGGUACUAUGAGGAAGAUGUACUCUAUGAUCCAAAUGGAGAGUAUUAUGAUGAUGGACUUUAUGAAUACAAUGACACUUAUUCCUCUGCCCAGGGGUAUUAUGAUACUCAGGAAGCAAAUUAUUAUGGGUACCAGCAACAACAGACAAUGUAUGGUGAUGAAGCCCUGGACUACUAUGCUCAAAUGAAUAUGGGUCAUAUAUAUGGAGGGGAGAUAGGAGGAUUUCUUGAUCCUCAGGCUCAGGUUUAUUAUGAUGAAAACGGUCAGGGAGCUUACUAUGCAAAUGGACAAAUGGGUUACCUUGACAUUGGGCCAGCAGGUUAUCAUGAGGAUCCUUAUACUGCAACUAUGGGAAUGCAAGGAGGAUUUCAACCAGGUUAUCAGCUUGGAUAUAGCGAGGCUGGUAUGCAGUACCAAGACUUGAGCUCACAACAGACUACAUUCCCCCUUGAAGGCCAACAGGUCUUUGGGAUUGGGGUGCCAGGUAUAGAUAAUGUAGACGGCCUCAAUGGGGACCGAUUUGCAGGUCAGAUGAAUCAAACUGGGGAUUACUUUGGUGGAAUUCAGCAAGGGGACAUUACAUUUAGAGUUCCUAGACCUCAAGUGCGCCUGUUUGGAAAAGAGCGACUAGAUGUUCCUUUGCCUCCUCCACCAACUUUGCCUCCAGAUCAAGAGUUUGAAGACAUGUCAGAUAUCCAGUAUGAAGACCAGAUCCCUCUUGCACCAUAUCAACUUGGAGACAUGAUGUCAUUGCAACAGCAAAUACCAUUAUCAGAACAACAAAUGCCUAUGUUUCCUGUUCAACAGCAACAACUACUAUCAACACAACAGAUAAUGUUCCCACAGCAGCAGAUGAUGUUCCAACAAGAGAAUAGUAUGCUGCCUCAAAUGAUGCCUAUACAGAUGUCACCACAACAGCAGUUGAUGCCCGAGCAAAUUAUGUCCCCACAGCAGCAGAUGAUGUCAGAGCAGUUGUUGCUCCAACAACAACCAAUGUCUCCACGACCAGUUUCACCACAGAUGAUAACAGACCCAAUGAUGAUACCACAGCCGCAGGGUUACAACUUCCCAACAAUCCCAACACCAACAGCCAUGAUUAUUAAACAAGCGAGCAUGUCUCCUCUUCCUGCACGCCGCAUACAACCUUCUCCCACUCCAUCUUGCCGCACUGUCAUCAUGCCCUCUCCACAAAUGCAACACCAUCCUUCUGCCAUGGUUUUGACAGCACCCACCCCUAUGGUUGCACAAAGGCAGAUCCCCUCCCCACAACCUUCCAUAAGGGGUGGGUUAAUUAAUGCCCAAAGACCUCGAUCUGUUUUGUCUAGACAGAUUUCACCUCCUGCUUCUCCAAUGGUGUCUCCAGUUCUUCAUCGUAGAGUACAGUCUCAAAGGUCACCUUCUCCUUUGGCUCGAGCACCUUCACCCCCUCAUUCUCCCCGUGCCUCCAUAAUUCGUCGUAGUCCUCCACCAUUGGAGAGAGGACCAAUGAGGUACCAUUCUCCACCAUCAUCACCCCACGUUUCCAUGAGGAUGCAAGGUCUCCAGUCAUCACCCACACCUGCUCGAAGUCCAUUUGGAGGGAGAAAGAUGCAAGAACCACCUCCACUCUCCCCUGGUCUUGCAUCACCGCCUCUGUCUCCUCAGCUAAGUCGAAGGCCCUCGCCCUCGCCCUCUCCUUCUCACCGAAGUUUAUCUCCUGCAGGGCCUCGGCCAGCUCCAUCCUCUCCUACACUUUCUCGUCGCUCAACUCGACUGCUCAGGGACCCCACACCAUUGGCCAGGCCUAGGGCAUUAGGAAAUGUUCCUUUAGGUACUGUCAGACCCUCCCCCAUGGGUCUUAGAGGACGUCCAGUGCCCCCACCCACACAGAAUGUGCGUCCAUUUCGUGCAUCUUCUGUAAGAAGUAAUAGAUCUUCUGUUCUUACGAUAGACUCCCUUCACUCUUCUCCUUUCCAUUCUCCUCUCAUGGUCCAACGUGUUCCCCUAGCGAGAAGAGAAUCUGGCCGUCUUCCUCUUCGCCCCGUUGCUCGAGGUCGUCCCCUCAGAGCCCAGCAGUCGAUAAGGAGGAUGCCUCCUCCUUCCCCACAGCCCUCCAUGAAACAUAUGUCACGCAGUCCAUCCCCUCGCUUCUCUCCUCAACUGAAUCGUCAGUCCUAUGUUUCAGAUCCUUAUGCUGAUUCUUACACUGAGCGGUCACAACAAUUUGUUGCCCCCUCUUCUCCCAGGUUGUCCCGUUCUUUACAGAACCAAGGUAUUCAACCAGGUGCUUUUUCAGCCCUUAGAACAGAGGCAGCACAAAUGGGGGGCAUGGGUCAGAUGGCUACAGAAUUAGUAGAACCUUGUUAUCCUGCAGUGCAAAGACCAAUGUCUACUUAUGAGCAACCUUUGCUUCCUCCUUCACAAAUGCUUUCUGGAGCUCUGCAAAACCAGGCAGUGAGAGAAGCAUCCUACAUUUAUCCGCUUCAGAGACCUCAGUCUCCACAUGUCCAAUCUGUACCAUCAUCUCCAUUGCUCUCUGGAGCUAUGAGACAUAGUCAGGCAAUCAGAGGUGUGGCUUCUUAUCAAAUUCCACAGUUACAAUCACCAUACGGACCAACUGUUGUUAUGCCAUAUGAUUACAUCUCUGAGCCUGGCCCACCGCCAUUGCUUCAAGAUGCACUGCAAAACCAAACUGGUUUUGCACUGCGUUCUAACACUGAGCCAUCACAAUUUGUUGUCCCAUCUUCUCCCAUGUUAUCACAUUAUUUGCAGAACCAAGGUAUUCGACCAGAUGCUAUUUCAGCCCUUGGACCAGAGGCAGCCCAAAUGAUGGGCAUGGGUCAGAUGGUUCCAGAAUUAGUAGAGCCUCAUGAUCAUACACUGCAGAGACCAAUGUCACCUUAUGAGCAGCCUUUGCUUCCUCCCUCACAAAUGCUCUCUGGAGCACUGCAAAACCAAGCAGUAAGAGAAGCAUCUUAUGUUUCUCCACUUCAGAGACCUCAGUCUCCAUAUGCCACAUCUGUACCAUCAUCUCCAUUGCUUUCUGGCGCCAUGAGACACAGUCAGGCAAUGAGAGGCAUGGCCUCUUAUCAAACUCCACAGAUGCAAUCCCCUUAUGGACCAUCUCUUGGUACGCCAUAUGAUUACAUCUCUGAGCCUGGCCCAGCACCAUUGCUUCAAGAUGCACUGCAAAACCAAACUGGUUUGCAUAAUGUGUCAAAUUUAAAAUCUCCUAUCAUGCAACGUCGCAAUCCCUAUGCCCCAGCUGGUCCUCAGCUUCACAAUGCCCUUCAGCAGAACCCAAAUCUCCGCCAGGCAUCCUAUCUGACCCCUGUGCAACUCAGACAGUCCUCAGUUGUACCUCAAUCACCCUCUUCACCUAUGUUGGGAAGAGCCCUGCAAAACCCACAUUUGAUGCAGGCAUCAUACCGGCUGCCAGAGAGAACCUUGAUAAGCCCUUAUACAGAUCCCCGUUCUUCACCAUUGCUUGGUCAUGCAUUGCAAAACCAACAACUCCGGAGUGCCUCAUAUAUAAUGCCUGAUGGAUCAGUUAUAAGGGACCCGCGUCUACUUCAGAAGCCAAUGUCACCUAACCUUUCUGGAGCUCUUCAAAACCAGCAUCUGAGGACAGCUUCAUAUACUCUACACGAUGGCACCUUUAUGGAUCCCAGACAGAAACAUCCUAUUUCCCCAAACCUUAGUAGGGCCUUGAACAACCCAGCCAUACGUGAAGCUUCUUACUCUUUUCCUGAUGGUACAAUUGUGAUAGCCUCCGAAACAGAAAAGACACCCAACCUUACCGCAGCACUUCAGAACCCUUAUCUGAAGAGUGCUUCGUACACCCUCCCGGAUGGCACUAUCAUCAUUGAUCCACGGAAACCUACCUCUCCAAAUCUGUCUAAUGCUCUUCAACACUCCUCAUUACGGAAUGCCUCAUUCACACUACCACAGGGAGUUCGAGAUCCAUCUAUACCAGUGUCACCAAAUCUGGCAAAGGCUCUAGGUAACCAAGCCUUGAGAGCUGCUUCAUACACCCUUCCAGAUGGAACUAUUAUUGUGGACCCUAGGAAGCCAAAGAGUCCAAAUCUGACAGCAGCCCUGCAAAAUCCAUAUUUAAAAGGCAUAUCCUACGCUCUGCCUGAUGGAACAAUCAUCAUUGACCCAAGAAAACCAGUUGGUCCUAAUCUGUCCAAAGCUCUUCUAAACCAGAACCUUCGUACUGCAACAUACCAGCUCCCUGAUGGUACUUUAGUUCUGCCUGGCCAGAAGCCAUCCACUCCAAACCUGACAGCUGCUCUUAGGCAGAAUCAGGGACUUCGUUCUGCUGGUCUCUAUGCUCUCUCUGAUACCUCAGGCCUAUCAGGUGCACCCAAACACACAAGCCCCAACGUUGCCUCUGCACUGCAGAAUGAAGAACUACGUGGUGUCACUUACAGGCUUCCAGAUGGCUCUCUUCUCACACGCCGGUUCCACAACCCAAAACUAUCUGAUGCCAUCCAAAACCAGCAGCUUCGUUAUGCUUCAUACACCGUGCCAACAGAACUUCAGGGGGAGGACCAUCGCUAUGCUGUGAUACCUCCAUACGGGCCACGAUCUGGCCACUGGGCCAGGAACGCGAGUGGUGGAGGUGAAGGUGGGGACGAUGUUUGGGCAGCUGAGAGGGUUUUGCCACAUGGGACACUUCAGAAUUUGUCAAAGUGGUCCAUGUACAAAGAAGAUGGGGUGUUGGAAGGAUAUUCACCAAGCCCUCGGGUUGCAGAGAAACUGCCUCAGAACCUAGAGUGGACUCCUGGCAGAACUAGGGUACCAGGCCAAAGCUGGUAUGACAAGAUCUAUUCUGUAAUAAGCAUGCCCACUACAGGCCACAGAGUUGUACGCUGGGCAGAGGGAAUGGAAGACCUAACUCAGCUCCCUGAGCUGAAUGAGACCACAGUUCUAUUGAACCUGAAGAAACGCUUCGACCACGAACUUAUAUAUACCUACAUAGGGCGCAUCCUUGUGUCUGUUAACCCUUACAAGCUGCUUAACGUCUAUGGCACAGACAUGGUGCACCAGUAUGAAGGCCACGGUCUGAGUGACAACCCCCCUCAUCUCUUUGCCAUUGCUAAUCUCUCAUAUACAACCAUGAUGGAUGCCAAAAAGGACCAGUGUAUUGUUAUCAGUGGAGAAAGUGGGUCAGGAAAGACUGAGGCUACUAAGCUGAUCUUGCGUUACCUGACAGCCAUUCAUCACAAACGCAAUGUCACACAACAGAUAGAGAUCCUCGAGGCUACACCCCUGCUGGAGUCUUUUGGGAAUGCCAAAACAGUCCGCAAUGACAACUCUUCACGCUUUGGCAAAUACACACAAAUCUACAUGGAUGAGGGUGUAAUCAGUGGUGCCAUAACGUCUCAGUACUUGUUGGAGAAGUCCCGCAUUGUCUUUCAGGCCAAAUCAGAAAGGAACUAUCAUAUCUUCUAUGAAAUGCUGGCAGGUCUUCCCCCUCAUGAGAAGCACUCACUGUAUCUCCAGGAGGCUGAGACGUACUACUAUCUGAAUCAGGGAGGAAACUGUACCAUAGAGGGUAAGGAUGAUGGGGAAGACUUCAGGCGUUUGCUGAGUGCCAUGGAUAUUCUGUGCUUCACCCCAGAGGAGCAAAAUGGAAUCUACAGACUUCUGUCUUCUGUGCUUCAUCUGGGGAAUGUCUACUUCCAGCCACAUCAGGUUGAAGGCCAGGAGGCUGCGUUGGUGGUGAGUGCACAGGAGAUCAGAGUGGUAGCUGAGCUGCUUCAGGUCUCACCGGAGAGUCUGCAGAAAGCUGUAACUUAUAAAAUGACUGAUACAGUGAGGGAAAAAAUCUAUACUCCAUUGACAGUGGAUAGCGCUUUAGAUGCCAGAGAUGCCGUUGCCAAGAUCCUCUACUCGCUGCUUUUUAGUUGGCUGACAGAGCGCAUCAAUGGACGGGUCUACCCUCGCAACGAAGCCCUCUCCAUCUCCAUACUGGACAUAUUCGGAUUUGAGGAGCUACAGGUGAACAGUUUUGAGCAGCUGUGCAUCAACUUCGCAAAUGAAACUUUGCAGUUCUACUUUAACAGAGUUGUCUUCCAGGAGGAGCAGGAGGAAUACAUGCGGGAGCAGAUCCAGUGGCAGCAGCAGCCCUUCAGCAACAACCAGGCAUGUCUUGACCUUAUUGCUGCAAAGCCUUAUGGGAUCCUGCGCAUAUUGGAUGACCAGUGCGGUUUUCCCCAGGCAACAGACCACACCUUCCUUCAGAAGUGCCACUAUCACCAUGGAAACGACCUGCUGUAUGCCAAGCCCAAGAUGCCACUGCCAGAGUUCACCCUGAAACACUACGCAGGGAAGGUCACCUACCAGGUUCACAAAUUCUUGGAUAAAAACUUCGACCUGGUUCGACAGGAUGUUUUAGACCUCUUCAUUCAAAGCAGGAACAGAAUGGUAUCAAGCCUAUUCUUGAAGCAUUCAGAGUCUUUGUCACAGCAGCGCUCCAAUUUGCGUCGCAACAGCACGGCACGACGUCAUCAGGCCAACACGGUCAGCGCAAAGUUCCAGAGCAGCUUGCAGGAGCUGCUCUGGAAGAUGGAGAGGUGUAACCCUUAUUUUGUGCGAUGCAUCAAGCCAAACCAUCAAAAGAAGCCUGAAAUGUUUGACAUGGAUCUGGUCAACACUCAGCUGCUUUAUAGUGGUAUUAUGGAGACCAUCCGUAUAAGGAAGCAGGGUUAUCCAGUGAGACUGCCCUUUCACAGCUUCCUAUCAAGGUAUAAACCUCUGCUAUGCCUCAAGGAUCCUCUGCCAGCAGAUGGAGAAAAUUGUGUUAUCAUGCUUCACAAACUCUGUCCAGUCAAGCAAGGCUCAUAUCAGGUGGGGGUCAGUAAGAUUUUCCUGAAAGAAGAGCUGUAUCAGCUGUUGGAAGGGAAGCAUGACCGUGUGUUGGACAUAGCUGCCAUGACACUGCAGCGAUACACCCGCACGUGUUUUGUCCGGCAGAACUUUCUCAAAUUCAGGCGAGGUAUAACUCGCUUUGAAGCCCGCUGCAGAGGCUACCUGGCCAGAAAAAAGUUUGCUCUAAGGAGGAAAUACCUCAUCCGACUUCGUUCUGCCGUGUUGCUAAUUGUCAACUGUCAGCGCUACAUGAGGACAGUGGUUGAGCCUGCAAGGAAGGCAGAGGAGGAUCGGAUCAAUCGUGAAGUUGUGAAUGUGACAACAUUGCCUAUCCCUGCAGAACUCGCUGGCCUGCUGCAGGCCGUUUCAGGGGGUGAAGAGCUGCAUUCUGACUGCUUGGCGGUGGUUCAGGCUCCAAAGGUUCAGGUGGACCCUCAGCUAAUCCUGCCCCUCGAUAUCAAUAACUACCUCAUGACACACUCCAUCCGGACCAUGUUCAGGGAGCCACUAUUUGGAAUGCUCACUGCUCCACUGGAUAAUUCCCUGAUUCGUCUGGAUGAGGAGCUUAAGCAGGGAUCUCUGAACGUUUUUACUCUGAUACUCCGGUUCAUGGGUGAUCCGAACUUAAACGGAGCUCAGGAAAACAUGUUUGGAAACUACAUCAUCCAAAGGGGACUAGCCAACCCCAGCCUUAGAGAUGAGAUCCUGGCUCAGAUCGCUAACCAGGUGUGGAGAAAUCCUAACAUGCUAAACUCAGAGCGGGGCUGGCUUCUUCUCUCCUCCUGUCUGUCUACCUUCCUCCCCUCUCAAAGGCUGGCUAAAUACUUCCUCAAGUUUGUGUCAGACUAUGGCCCAGAGGGCUAUGACUGCGUGUGUCAGAACCAUCUGCUUCAGGCUCUACAACACAUCAGCGCCGGACCCGAGUAUGUCCGGACAUACCCACCUUGUCUGCUGGAGUGGACCGCCAAUCGCAAGAAAGCCCACACUGUCCUGCACGUACACUGCCUGGAUGGUGUGUCCUUCCUGUGUCCGCUGCAUUCCUGGACGACAGGAGAGGAGCUUGCCAAAAACAUCUUACAACACAGGGGUUUGUUAGACGGCCGCCGAGGGUGGUCGGUGCUGCUGAAGGAGCCGGCUCAGUGGGUUGAACUUGAGGGCUCAGACUACGUUAUGGACUUGAUGUCAGACUUGGAGCUUCCUGCUGAUUUCCCCAAACACAAUAGCUACUUCAUCAUCUCUGCUCUGGAGCCGGCCAGAGUUCGGCCCAAUGCCAGCAUAAGCCUGUUGGGUGGUGGGUUUGACAUGAGGGGUGACAUCAUUCCCUCAGCCAAAUCUGGCUCCUAUUGCCUCACCCAAGAUUUAGAGCCUCACAGAGGGAUGGAUCGCUAUCUCGACAGCCUGUUUGACCCUGUACUGUCUGACGGAGCUGGAGAAGUAGAAUCAGUGGCAGGACUGUCGGGCAGGAUGAAGGGAGCCGGGGGAGUUGGUGGGAAGUGGCAACAGCAGGGGCAGUCCUCCAUCCACCCACCUCCUGGAGCUGUGAGAGUCCUUCCUGUGGGAGGUGUGAUGUCGCCUCCUGUUGCUGCUGUAGCACCUGCAACACCUGAAGACCAGCAGGCUGUUUUGGCCCAGCAGCAGCAGGCGAUUGUGAACCAGCAGGCCGUCAUCAUGGCGCAGCAGAUGGCCAUGCAACCCAUGGCCAUGGUCAGCAGCCCCGUGUCAAGCCCCCCGACCUCACCGAUCACGAGCCCUCCCAUGAGUCCAGUGCCCUAUCACCACCCGAGCUCACAUGCUCUCGCCAGCCCAUACGCUGUCAUACCCCCAAGUCCAUAUGCGAACAUCCCACCGAGCCCCUACGCCAACUUCACUCCGACUCCCUAUGCAGCAGCAGUGUUCCCGCCCACACCUUAUCCUUCCUCUGCUCAGUGGGAUCAGACUGUAUCACAGCCAAACACUCAGCCCCCUGCUAAUCCCCCGACUGAGCCUCCAGCCCAGCGGCAGCCUCGGCCCGCCUGCCGUGACCCUCAUCUGAGCUCCUCCAAAGCUGAGCCAGCACAACCAACAUUUAAACCUGCUGCACAGACGCAGACAGGCGUGGACAGUGUUUCUCGAAGAAAAGCUCCAGGCGUCCCCAUUAACAAGGAAUCAGCCAGGAAAUUUGCACCACCGGUGACGUCUCAUCCACCCCCUGCCGGAGAAGUGGUGAAGUAUUCAUCUCAGGGUGCAGAUCACAUCGUCCCCAGCCAAGAUAUUCAAGAAAUUAUCAGAAGAUACAACUCCCCAUCGCCACCAGUAGACCCACUGCCACCUGACACAAGGAAACCAGAUGGGAAGUUCAAGAAGAAGCAAACGCCUCGUGAUGAAGCUCUACAGAUCCUCAAACCCCAGAUGGACAAUCCUCCUGUUCCACAGCCCAAACGUCCUGUUGGCCCGUCACCCUCUGCUUCGGCGAUGAAACAGUCGGGCUUCAAACCUGCCAAAAGCACAAAGAUGAGGGCUCCGGAUCGUCCUUUUCCUAAACCUCCCCCAGUAUCUCGAGAGCUCCCAGUAGAGACAGAGACCAUCCAGACCCAGCUUCAUCAGAGCACCAAUGAGGAGCAUUACACCUAUACCAAUGUGCCCUGGAGGCUGUAUCUCAGAAAGGAGGUGUUUUAUCCCAAAGACAGCUUCAACAAUCCUCUGUUGCUAAAUCUCGUUUUCAAACAGAUAGUGAAUGACACCCUGUCAGAGGCGUGUGUUCGCAUCACCCAUGAUGAAAGGCAGAAAAUGAAAGCCCUUUUUGCCAAACACGGUGUUGAGCAGAAUAUGGAUCCGGUGGAGGAGCAUGUGAAGAAAACGAUUAUGACAGCAGCCAGGGAGACCUGGGAAAUUUACUUCUCCCGACUGUUUCCUGCCUCGGGUAGUGUAGGAACAGGUGUGCAGGUGUUGUCAGUGUCCCACAGCGGUAUCAAAUUACUGAAGACCGUGAAAAGCAGCGCAGCAGCUCCAGACUACUUCAGAGUCCUUCGCCCAUACACGUAUGCAGACAUUCUGUUUGUGACCAUCCCAUCUGAGAAUAUGCUGGAGUUCAAUCUGACCAACGAGAAGCUGAUUCUUUUCUCUGCCAAGGCCUUGCAAGUCAAACAUCUCAUAGACACGUUCAUCAACGAGAUCAAGAAGGACUCGGACUACGUCAUCGCAGAGCGUAACUUUGUGACAGAUGACCGCUCGAUGCUCAGCUUUCAUAAAGGUGACAUCGUCAGGUUGCAGGUCAUGGAUGGACUGGAGAGAGGUUAUAGCUACGGCUGUGUAGUGAGGAAGAAGGUUGUGUUUUUGGAGGAGCUUAAACGAGACACUGAAGACUUUGGUUGGAAGUUUGGUGCCGUGUUUGGCCGCUCUGGGGCAUUCCCAGCCGAUUGUGUCCACUCCGUUGCUCCUCCUGAUUUCCUAUCGUUGCCACUGGACCGAAAGGCCGAGCCUCGAGGCGGAGCGGACCAGUUUGCUGCAUCAUCAGCCAUUGCUGUUGCUGUGGCGUCCACCAUGGCUGCACACGAGAUAGAUCAAACUAUUGAGAGAGUUUCACUUGAUGGCUUCUCUGAUGGAGAGCCUGAUGAGAGGGCACUGCAGGACAGUAAAUAUGACAUGCUGGAGUUUGCCAAGAAGUUCUUCAGACAGGCACCGAGCGGACAGGGAGACUCCCUGAAGAGUAAAUACAAGAAGAGAGAAUCCAGGGAGCCAAUUGAAAUGAUCAAGUUCUCCAAGACCCCUCUGACUGAGUCUCUGAUAGAGUUCACAGAUUUAGCUAUGAACCGAGUGGCAGCUGAUCUCUUCCUGUGCAUCAUGCGUUUCAUGGGUGAUUCUCCAUCGAGGGGUUCAACAGAACAAGAAAUGGUCAGCACAUUCCUUAAGCUCAUUGGAGAAUUCACCUUGAUGAGGGAUGAAUCUUACUGCCAGCUCCUCAAACAGCUUACUGCCAACACCAGCUCCAAACCAGAUAGUUGCCAACGAGGCUGGAGGCUGCUGUACAUUCUGACUGCCUACCAUCGCUGCUCUGAAGUCCUCAAGCCUUUCCUGCUAAAAUACCUGCAGCAGGCUUCUCGCAGUGCAGGAGCACAGUAUCAAGGCAUAGCUAAAGCAUGUGAGCAGAAUCUGAAGAAGACAUUUCUGUACGGCGGUCGGAUUGUUCCACCCAACAACAUGGAGCUGAAAGCAAUGAUGGCGGGACGCAGCUCAAAGCGUCAGCUGUUUCUCUUCCCUGGAGGCAUUGAUCGCCAUGUGAAAAUCAAAACGUGUACUGUUUCCCUGGAGGUAAUCGAGGAGUUGUGCUAUGAGAUGGGAUUGCACACACUGGAGGCCAUGGAAGAAUAUGCCAUAUUUUUAGUCACCAACAGAGGUCAGAAUGUGCGUCCCCUGAACAAGAACGAGUAUAUCCUGGAUGUAGCCACUGAGGCCGAGUCAGUCGACUCCGGCUACAGUGUCUGGUUCCGGCGAGUUGUCUGGACUCAGCCGCUCAGGUUUGAGAACGAGCUCUGUGUCGCCAUGCAGUAUAACCAGAUCCUUCCGGACUAUCGUAAAGGUCUACUCAAUGUUCUCUCACAUGGAAAAGUGAGCAAUCAACAGUUCCACCAAAUCUCCAAGCUGGCUGCUUUGCAGCAUAGAGCCAAGGACAUCAUCUACACUCCCAGCAUACACGAGCUAUCAGAGUACAUCCCCGCACCUCUCUUCAAAAAGCAGCCUCCACAGCAGUGGGUUACCAUGGCGACGCAGCACAUGCAGCAAGUACAGCCUCUAAGUCCGCACCAGGCCAGGGCACAGUUUCUUGGCCUGGUCAGUGCGUUCCCCAUGUUUGGUUCCUCGUUCUUCUACAUCCACAGCAGCAGCUCCACUACCUUCUAUGCUCCUUGCAUUCUUGCUGUCAACCCACGAGGUCUCCACUUCCUGCACAAAAAUACACAUGAGCUGAUGGCAGCGGUCCCUAUAGUAGAGGUGCAGUCUAGCCGCACCCAGAGGCCCGGCGCUGGAACCAGUUACCCAUAUGUGGACCUAACUGUGGGGGACAUGAACACACAGCGGGUCAUUCAGCUGCAGUUGGAGCAGGGCCUGGAGCUGUGUCGAGUUAUUGCCAUGCAGGUAGAAAACAUGAUGUCCGUGAGAGAAAAGAGGCACACUCUGCCACCCAGCGAAAUCACCAUGCUGUGACAUCUACACGUGUCCUAAUGUGCACAGAUGUUUCCGCACAUGUAAAUCCAACUACCUCCAUUUACAUUCAGGUGUUUGUUGAAAAAUGCAGCUGAGUGAUAAACGUGGAUCUAUCGCAUUAUUUUUAUUUUGUAUUUAUCAGCACAUAAGUAUAGUAUCUUUGGCAUAAUGUCUUUACAACUGAUCAGUCCCAUGUGUUAUCAUGUUACAUUUGUAUGAUUAACAGGUAAUUUUGAUUUGUAAAUAAACAAGUUGAUGUAUUUUGUAAAACAAAUAUUUUGUCAGAAAAAAUUAAAUACUUUAAAGAGAA